GCGUACCUACCUGUUGUACUGAGCUUCAUACCAUCCUCAACAACCCACCCGUCUUCUUCGCCUUGUCCGGGCGAAAGCGAACGGCUAUGGACGACCUCGAAGAGCUCGAGCUCUUGUCGCUCGUUUCCAAGGUCACGUCCGAACUACAGAACCAUCUGGGCAUCAACGAGAAGACACUAGCCGAGUUCAUCAUCGCCCAGAGAUUACAAUGUACCAAACUAUCCGAGUUUCGCGAGAAGCUGGCUGGCAUGGGCGGCGCAAGCUGGCCAGACAGUUUGUUCGAUAGUGUAGAUCGCUUGGUUCUGACCAUGCACCCAAAGUUCAAAUCGACGAACGGCGCUACAAAUACGUAUGAAGACGACGAUAAGCCCGUAAGGUCGUUGCACGAGAAGGAGAACCUGUUCAAAGGCUUGAGCAUACCGGACAAGGACAUUCAAGAAACCAAUGACGCAGACGAGAUAGAUGAUACUUUGGCGCUCCUAGAAGGCUUAGCGCCUAAGCCAGCUCGCGAUGCACCGUCGAGGAAACGGUCCAGGAGUCCUCACGACGAAGAUGGGCGACACCGGAGGAAAGAAAGGCGACGCUCUCGGGAUAGAAGGAACGAGGAGUACGACGACUAUGAUGACGACCGCCGUGGCCGAAAGGAGAGGAGGAGCCGUCGGGAGCGCAAAUAUGAUGAUGAUGACGAAUACGGCGACGAUGUGCUGCGGCGCCCGCCUGAGCAAGAGCUGGAUGACUCGCCUAUACUCUAUAAGGUCUACGAUGGUCAUGUGACUGGUAUCAAAGACUUCGGAGCCUUCGUCAACUUACAUGGCGUGAGAGGGAAAGUUGACGGCAUGGUUCACAUAUCGAAUCUAGUGCAAGGCCAAAGGGUGAAUCACCCGUCAGACCUUCUUGCGAGAGGUCAAAACAUUAAGGUAAAAAUCACUAAGAUCGAAGGCAACCGUAUAGGGCUCUCCAUGAAGGAUGUUGAUCAGGAGACUGGCAUGGAUCUUGCCCCAGCAGCGCGGAUUCAGUCUGGUGCCAAUAUGGAAAGUCUCGGUAGCCGUAACGGAGUCGCACCUCUCCAGCCUGAUAACACCGUUGCUCUUUCAGAAUACGCAGGAUCAAGAGGAAAACAAAAGAAGCGGAUGACAUCUCCUGAACGGUGGGAGAUCAGACAAUUAAUUCGAUCAGGAGUUGCGAAAGCCUCCGACUACCCUGAUCUAGAAGAAGAAUACAACGCGACCCUCAAAGGCGAUGGUGAAAUGGAACUGGAAGAAGACGUGGAUAUCGAAGUCCGGGAGGAAGAGCCACCGUUCUUGGCGGGUCAGACUAAACAGUCUCUGGAAUUAAGUCCCAUUCGAGUAGUGAAAGCCCCCGACGGUUCACUGAAUCGAGCGGCUAUGUCUGGUGCUACAUUAGCGAGAGAAAGGAGGGAACUACGACAACAGGAAGCUGAGGCAGCUGAGCAGGAGUCGAAAGUCGACCUCUCAUCGCAAUGGCAUGAUCCAAUGGCGAAUCCGGAUUCCAGACAAUUCGCUAGCGAUUUACGCAACUCAAAGGCAAAUGCCGCAAAAGCUGACGGGGUUCCCGAAUGGAGACGUGCUAUUGUACCCAAAGACCAAUCUUUUGGCAAACGUACGAACCUGUCAAUGAAGGAGCAGAGAGAGACUCUCCCAGUCUUCGCUUUCAGAGACCAGCUCAUCAAGGCUGUCAAAGACAAUCAGGUCUUGAUCGUAGUUGGUGAAACAGGUAGCGGUAAAACUACGCAACUCACGCAAUAUUUAGAUGAAGCUGGCUUUUCCAAUGAUGGAAUGAUUGGGUGCACACAACCACGUCGUGUCGCAGCCAUGAGUGUAGCCAAGCGUGUUGCUGAAGAAGUGGGAUGUGAGCUUGGUCAAGAAGUCGGCUAUACAAUUCGAUUUGAAGAUAAGACAAGUCCAUCGACUCGGAUCAAAUAUAUGACGGACGGUAUGCUGGAACGCGAGAUCCUCAUAGACCCGGAUGUAAGGAGAUAUUCAGUCAUUAUGUUGGACGAAGCGCACGAACGCACUAUAUCAACAGAUAUCCUUUUUGCGUUAUUAAAAAAGACUCUGAAACGUCGACCCGACCUUAGAGUCAUCGUCACCAGCGCGACGCUCGACGCAGACAAGUUUAGUGAAUAUUUCAACCAAUGUCCUAUCUUUACAAUACCUGGUCGUACUUUCCCUGUUGAGAUCCUGUACUCUCGGGAACCGGAAUCGGAUUACUUAGAUGCCGCGCUGGUUACAAUAAUGCAAAUACAUCUCACGGAACCGAGUGGCGACAUACUUUUGUUUCUUACUGGACAAGAAGAGAUUGACACAAGUUGCGAAAUUUUAUAUGAACGAAUGAAAGCCCUGGGACCGAAUGUUCCUGAACUGAUGAUUUGCCCCAUAUAUAGCAGUCUUCCAACUGAAGUUCAAUCUCGAGUUUUUGAACCUGCUCCUCCUGGUGCCAGGAAAGUUGUCAUUGCGACAAACAUUGCUGAAACAUCCAUCACGAUCGAUGGCAUAUACUAUGUGGUAGACCCAGGAUUUGUGAAGCAAAAUACCUAUGAUCCCAAACUGGGAAUGGAUUCGUUGGUAGUUGUUCCAAUAUCUCAAGCUCAGGCAAAUCAGCGCGCGGGCCGUGCUGGCCGUACUGGCCCUGGAAAGUGUUUCAGACUCUAUACUGAAGCCGCUUAUAACUCGGAGCUGCUUCCUACCACACCACCAGAUAUUCAGCGACAGAAUUUAGCACACGUUAUCCUCAUGUUGAAAGCGAUGGGUAUCAACGACCUUCUUCACUUUGACUUCAUGGACCCACCACCGACGAAUACUAUGCUUGAGGCAUUGGAGACCCUAUAUGCCUUAUCUGCUUUAGACGACGAAGGAUUACUCACUAGACUUGGUCGCAAGAUGGCUGACUUUCCAAUGGACCCUUCCCUGUCCAAAGUGCUUAUUGCCUCUGUGGAUAUGGGUUGUUCCGAGGAAAUGUUGACUAUUGUCGCCAUGGUCAGCCUGCCUAACAUAUUCUACCGGCCUAAGGAAAAACAACAGCAGGCGGAUCAGAAAAAAGCAAAGUUCAAUGAUCCUCAUGGUGACCAUACAACAUUCCUUAAUGUCUAUAACGCCUGGAAGCAGAGCGGCUAUUCAUCUCCAUGGUGUUUCGAGAAUUUCAUCCAGUACCGGUCAAUGAAGCGAGCCAAGGAUGUCAGAGAUCAACUGCUGAAGAUUAUGCAGAGAUACCGCCAUCCUAUAGUGUCAUGUGGUCGCGACACGACAAAAGUGCGCCAGGCUUUAUGCUCAGGGUUCUUCCGCAACGCGGCUAGGAAGGACCCUCAAGAAGGCUAUAAGACGCUGGUCGAAGGAACGCCUGUAUACCUACACCCAAGCUCAUCCCUCUUUGGAAAGCAGGCUGAGUGGGUCAUCUACUCCGAACUCGUCCUUACCGUUAAAGAAUACAUGCAUUUCACAACGAGCAUAGAGCCGAAAUGGCUCGUCGAGGCCGCCCCGACUUUCUUCAAGGUCGCGCCGACGGAUAAGCUGAGCAAACGCAAGAAGGCGGAGAGGAUCCAGCCUUUGUACAAUAAAUUUGCUACCGAAGAUGAUUGGAGACUUAGUGCCCAGAGGAGAGGUGGAAGGGGAGGGGGUGGUGGUGGAACUUGGGGUUAAGAGACCUUCUGAACCCGACUGUGGUCGCUGGCUGUCGAUGCGUUGGAGGUGUAUAGAUACGGUGCUUACUGGGAUCAUACAAAUGAGACCUGCUCGAAUACUCAGAACUGAAUAUUUCUGGGUUUGAUCUGAAACAGUGGGCUUUAUCAAGUCGCUUAAUUGGGGCUGUGUAUUAAUGAUUGGCAAGUCCAAAAUACUUAAGCGAUUGUUAGUG